AUGGAGAUAUCGUCUAGUGAAGGGUGCGAAAGUAUGACGAAACCUGUACCGAGACCGUUUUCUAUCGAGGCUUUAAUGAGUGAUUGCGGUCCGAGGAAAAGUACGAAUAAUUUUAUACCGUGGGAACAGCAAAAUAAUCAAUUUGUGCAUUGUAAUAAAGACACUGAUUCUGAUGGAAGUGUCGAAAUGGAUUUGGCGCAGGAUUUGUCCAAUAGGAGUCAAAAAGACGGCAAUUCGGAUUUAGAGGACGAUUUAGACGAAGCGCAUUCCUCGGAAAGUUCCGCCGCGACGAAAGCUCGCCGAAGACGUACCGCUUUCACCAGCGAGCAACUCUUGGAAUUGGAAAGGGAAUUUCACGCCAAAAAGUAUCUUUCUUUAACGGAGAGAAGCCAAAUAGCAGCGGCUCUGCGUUUGAGCGAAGUACAAGUUAAAAUUUGGUUUCAGAAUCGUCGAGCGAAAUGGAAGAGAGUCAAGGCGGGUUUGGGAAGCGGUCCUCAUCAAGGCGUUAAGAAUACGCAGCAGAAAAGUAAACUCGUCGUACCUAUACCAGUACACGUCAACAGAUUUGCUGUAAGGAGUCAACACCAACAAUUGGAAAGAGCUUUGGGUGAUUUGGCCGGGAGAGUUUUAGCCAGUCACGCCGCCCUCAGGGUAGGUUUAGAUUUACACGGAUUUCACACGCAGGCCCCGCCUCGCUAGAAAUCCAAAGGGAAAUUUUAAGAUAUUAGUGAUUCCUAUGUGAUGUACAUAUACAGUGAGUGUUAUAAUGAAACAAAA